UCCAUCGUCGGUUGUGGCGAUAUAAGGCGAUUUCGUCGGAAUCGGAGCUCUGAGUUUGGGAUCUGAGAUUGAAGAAGACGAGGAAACCUAAAUAGACUGAAUUUUUUAUUUUUUAUUUUUUAUUUCUUAUUAAAGAUUUUCUUCUCCCUCUAAAAUUAAAAAAUAAUUAAUUUAAUUGAUUUUGAAAGGGUGAAAAGGAGGUAACACGUGGAGCGAAUGGAUUGGGCGUGUAACAGCCAGGCAGUUUCGACGUCGUUCUAGAGGCUUCGGUUGUGGGAGUGCGUCGCAGAGAGCUCUCCGUUUAAAAUUGGGAGCGAAAAUUUGGUGAUUCUGAGAGAGAGAAAAAGAGAGAGGGAGAGAAUUUAGGGCGUGGAGAUGUCGUACCUGUUGCCGCAUCUGCACUCAGGCUGGGCGGUGGAUCAAGCAAUCCUCACUGAAGAAGAACGCGUCGUCAUCAUCCGCUUCGGCCAUGAUUGGGACGACACCUGUAUGCAGAUGGAUGAAGUGUUGGCCUCAGUUGCAGAGACGAUUAAGAACUUUGCAGUAAUAUACCUUGUGGAUAUCACAGAGGUUCCUGAUUUCAACACAAUGUACGAGCUCUAUGAUCCUUCUACUGUCAUGUUCUUCUUUAGGAACAAGCACAUAAUGAUUGAUCUUGGUACUGGUAACAACAAUAAGAUUAACUGGGCACUCAAGGAUAAGCAAGAGUUCAUUGAUAUUAUUGAGACUGUCUAUCGUGGAGCAAGGAAAGGUCGUGGUUUGGUCAUUGCACCUAAGGACUAUUCAACCAAAUAUCGCUACUAAAUCUCUGUUUGGAUUGAUCUUCAAUCAAUCCAUAUAGUCCAUCAUCAUAAAUUUAAGACCUCGCAUCUUGAAAAUCUGUACAUUAACUCAAAAAAUGGAUAUGGUAUAUUUGGAUGUCAUUACGUGUCUCAAAACAUUUGACUCAUUGAUUGUAACCGCUCAAGCCUCACCACUAGUAAAUAUUGUCUUCUUUGUA